CAUUAUUAAUAUUAAUUACUUCUACUUCUUUCUUCUCUGUCUCUCACUAUAGAUAUAUUUCAAUGGUCGUGGCAUCUGCAAAGCCAGUGAAGGGUCCGGUGGUAGAGCUACCGACGGUGGACCUCUCCUGCGAUAGGACAGAGGUGGGAAAGGUAAUAGUGAAGGCAUGUGAGGAGUAUGGAUUCUUCAAGGUGAUAAACCAUGGAGUGUCUCAAGACAUAGUUGAUGAAUUGGAGGAAGAGUCUCUCAACUUCUUUUCAAAGCCAGUGCAAGACAAACAGAGAGCUGGUCCUGCUAAUCCUUUUGGUUAUGGAUUCAAGAACAUCGGCUUCAAUGGUGAUAUUGGAGAGGUUGAGUAUCUCUUACUAAAUACCAAUAUCACCUCCAUUUUCAAACUCUCCAAAUCAAUCUCCACUGACCCAUCAAAGUUCAGCUACGCCGUGACUGUGUACAUAGAGGCAGUUAAGAAACUGGCUUGUGAGAUAUUGGAACUGGUGGCAGAAGGGUUGAGGGUCCCAGACACGUCAGUGUUCAGUAGGCUGAUCAGGGACGUUAACAGUGACUCAAUCUUCAGGCUCAAUCACUAUCCACCGUCCACGUCAGCGCCCUUAAACAAAAUUGGAUUUGGGGAGCAUUCUGAUCCUCAGAUCUUGACUAUUCUAAGAGCCAAUGAUGUGGGAGGCCUCCAGAUCUACAAUGAUGAUGUUGGGUGGGUCCCCGUUCGUCCUGACCCCAAUGCCUUCUUUGUCAAUGUGGGUGACGUGUUACAGGCUAUAACAAAUGGGAGAUUCGUGAGUGUGAGGCAUAGAGCCCUCACGAACUCAGCUAAGUCGAGAGUGUCGAUGGCUUAUUUUGGGGCGCCAUCCCUCCAAGCAAGGAUCAGUGUCCUGCCAGAGAUGCUGACGCCCCACAAUCCUUGUAGAUACAGGCCCUUCACUUGGGCCGAAUACAAAAAAGCAUGCUACUCUCUACGCCUUGGUGCUGGGCGGCUCGACCAUUUUCGGAUGGGCAGAGAAGAUGCGGAGUGAUCAGUCAAGUUUGUCCAUGGCUUUUUGUACCCCAUCAAUGGAAUUUUGCUUCAUACUUCACCCUGUGACCAUUGCUCACAACAACGCUCGCUGCCUUGUUUUAGUGGGCAAAUCUUUUGCCGGGCUGUGCUGCUUUUCAGAAGACUUUUGGACCUUCAAAAGGCUUGAAGCAAAAUGGGCCUUCGCAUGGCUUCACCUAAAGUCAAUGGGAGUUGUCAAGAUUGUAAUGGGCCUUACAUUGUCCAUAAUUCGAAUCGGCGGACUUCUAUUUCUCUGUACAGUGUACACUUCAUUUCAUUUCCAUUGAUGUGGGUUGGGGGAAUUGGGCCCAAGGAUUCAAACGAAAUAGGCCUUUUCUUUUCUAUUAUAUUUUUUUGAAAAUGAUAUAAGCCUCAACCAUUCAUUCCA